AUGAGUCUGCUGAGGCCCAGCGGGCUGAAGGCCCCCACCAAGAUCCUCAAGCAUGGGAGCUGGGCCCUGAAGACACCCUCGGCCGCGGCUGCUCCCGUUGAGAUGACCGUGCCUGGGGAGAAAAACCCCAGCGCCCCCUCCUCGGAGAUGCAGGAGGAGUUUGUGGGCGACUUCCAGGUCGGGGAACGAGUCUGGGUGAACGGGAACAAGCCUGGAUUCAUCCAGUUCCUCGGGGAGACCCAGUUUGCCCCUGGUCAGUGGGCCGGGAUCGUCUUGGACGAGCCCAUCGGCAAGAACGACGGCUCGGUGGCGGGUGUGCGCUACUUCCAGUGCGAGCCCCUGAAGGGCAUCUUCACCCGGCCGUCCAAGCUGAGUAGGAGCUUGCAGGCCUACGAUGAGACCAACUGCCGGCGGCCAGCGCCUGCCGCCUGGGCCACACCGCCCCUGUCGGCCUCCCCGGCCCUUGCCGGCACCACGAAGGUGCCCCAGUCCCCCGCGAAGGAGUCACCGGCCACCCCUCACAUCAGCAGCCUGACCAGGACGGCCAGCGAGUCCAUCUCCAACCUCUCUGAGGCUGGCUCCCUCAAGAAAGGGGAGCGGGAGCUGAAGCUCGGGGACCAGGUGCUGGUGGGAGGCAUGGAGGCCCGUGUGGUGCGCUUCCUCGGGGAGACAGACUUCGCCAAGGGGAAUUGGUGCGGCGUAGAGCUGGACAAGCCACUGGGCAAGAACGAUGGUGCCGUGGCCGGAACGAGGUACUUCCAGUGUCAGCCCAAGUAUGGCUUGUUUGCUCCCAUUCACAAAGUCACCAAGAUCGGCUUCCCGUCCACGACGCCGGCCAAGGGCAAGGUGGCCACCGUGAGGCGUGUGAUGGCCACCACCCCCGCCAGCCUGAAGCGCAGCCCUUCGGCCUCCUCGCUCAGCUCCGUCAGCUCCGGGGCCUCAUUCGAGAGCAGCAGACCCGGCCGCACGGGACUAUUGCCGGAAACCUCCUCCCGCUACGCCCACAAGAUCUCUGGCACCACCGCCCUCCAGGAGGCGCUGAAGGAGAAGCAGCAGCACAUUGAGAAGCUGCUGGCCGAGCGGGACCUAGAGCGGGCGGAGGUGGCCAAGGCCACGAGCCACAUGGGGGAGAUAGAGCAGGAGCUGGCCCGCCGGAACGGGCACGACCAGCACGUUCUGGAGCUGGAGGCCAAGAACAAUGAGCUGCGGGCCAUGCUGGAAGCGACCGACUGGGAGAAGGUGGAGCUGCUGAACCAGCUGGAGGAGGAGAAGAGAUGAGUGGAAGACCUCCAGUUCCGAGUCGAGGAGGAGUCCAUCACCAAAGGCGACCUGGAGGUAAAGCCCGGGCAGGUCCCGGAGGCUUGCAGGCUGCAGGCAAGGAUGCGGGGCGGCCUGGCCGACCCCGCCGGGACCACUUCUCUUUUCCUUAAAACAAGAAGAAGCAAAGAGUCAGUUUGGAAAAGAAAAAUUUCUAUUUCUGCUUCUUUUCCUUCCUGCUUUAAGUUCAUGGAAAUUUUGUUUUCCCACCAGAAGGAGGUGAAGUCCCUGCAGGCGGCCUCUGAGAAGCUCGCCAAGGAGAACGAGUGCCUGAGGACCAAGCUGGACCAUGCCAACAAGGAGAACGCGGACGUGAUCGCCCUGAGGAAGUCCAAGCUGGAGACGGCCAUCGCCCCGCACCAACAGGCCAUGGGCGAGCCGAAGGCAUCCGUGAGCCAGGGGGCGGGCACCGAGGCGGCCGAGCUGGCCGAGCUCAAGAUGCAGAUCGAGAGGCUACAGUUCGAGUACCAGCAGGAGGUGGAGAGCCUGAAGGCCCAGCAGGCGGCUGAGCGUGCAGCGCACGCCUCUGAGCUGAAGACGCUCAGGUCGCGGCUCUUCAGGACGGCCCAGGAGCAGAAGAACAGCCUGGAGGCCGCAAGGGCCAAGCUCGACCAGAUUGAGGACCAGCACCUGGUGGAGAUGGAGGACGCCCUGAACAAGCUGCAGGAGGCGGAGACGAAGGUAAAGCACCUGGACGGGUUGCGGGCCGUGUGUAGUCAGCAAGCCCAGGCCCUGGCCAAUGCCACGGCACAGCUGGAGGCCACCCAGCAGAAGCUCUUGCAGCUCGAUGGGCUCUGGAAGGCCAGUUCCGAAGGUCAAUUGGGAAUGGAGAAGCUCAGGCAGCAGCUCCAGGUGGCUGAGCGGCAGAUUCAGGAGUUAGAGAAUGCAAAGCGGGCCGAGGAGAAGGUGGACGUGAGCCGCAGCCAGUGCCAGGCUCUGCAGGCCGAGCACACCAAGGCCAGCGUGGAGAUCCAGGGGCAGCACGAGGAGGCGCUGCAGGCCCUGCAGAAGCUGCUGCUGCAGGCGAAGGAGAAGCUGCAGGCAGCGGAGGCGGAGAACGGGAGCCUGCUGCGACAGGUGGCCUAGCUGAAGUCGCAAGCCGAUAAGGCCAAGCGGUUCACCCAUUCCCUGCUGGCCGUCUGCGGUAUCGCAGUUCGGAGCCCGUGUGGUCUCUUUGCCGCGGUGCGCCCACCCUCUGCUGGCCGUCUGCGGUAUCGCAGUAUGGAGCGUGCGUUCAAGGUGGGAGCAUUGGAGGUCACUCCCGAUGAUGUCAUGUCGGUGCGUCUGUUUCUCCUGCAGCAGGUGGUGCUCCUGUAA